AGCAUUCUGAUGUUGAUUCUUUCACAUGGCUUCUCAAAAGGAAGUCGCCAAGCAUGUGGGAAUAUCAUUUCAACGCGAAGGUUCGUAGCUGUUCGAGGCUCGGGGAAUACGGUACCGAAGAGCCAAAUGCCUGGCUCGGCGUUCAGGCAACGAGCACCCCUGUUGCGACGAUCUGGUGACACCACUGCGAGAUCAUUGGCACCCGAUUCGGGCCAGGCUUUGGGAGGGUUAAUGAAGGGGUUGAAGGACUUACUGUUGGGCCGGGAGGAGGACGCUGAGUCGAAGGCUGGUCUCACGGGCGCUCUACGGCAUUCUGUCAGUGAGGCUCGGAAGAGACGAAAGGAUCAGGAUGAGUUUGAGCAGUAUCGGUAUAUGGUAGAAGAACUGAUGAAGCCACAGAUGUGGACUUAUGGGGCCUUCAAAAACUACCAAGAAAAGGUACUGGAAGCAUCGGGGGCUCACUCUAUGAGGGCUAAGUUUUCGGAGGAGUCGGCGGGGAUCGAGCAUAUUAAAAAGGGAAUCAAGGUUCUUGCGGCCAUGAACCCUAUCGAACUUGCCUCGAAUCACAGGGAUGUAUUCACAGAACGCUCGAGAAAGCUCAUCGCAGAGAAGGCAGGAGUUUCGAAGGAAUUCGUCAAUCAAGUUAUCCUCGAGCACGAUGCACUACGUGGUGAUCGGAAAUGGUACAUGAUUAGAAAGCAAUACAACAUGCCGAUGCCCAAGACGUUUGAAGAUCGAGAAUUCAUGGCAAAAUAUGAUCGUCCGAGAUCUCAGAUGGAACGGCAGCAGUUCAAGAAGAUGGUUGCUAAAUAUCAGCUGUGUAACAGAACGCGCUGGCGACAACCUAUCAUCACUGCAGCAUAUAAGAGACAUCGGAGCUCUGGCUUUGAUCGUUGGCGGAAAGUUCCUGUUCGAUGGUUCCCGAGGUGGAAGAAAAACAACAGCGGUCCAAAGCCAGCUCACAUGCUAUUGCGAUGA